ACCCGCCUCCUUCGUAAUCGCCUGAUCACACCACUGUUGUUCUCGUUCGACCGUGUUUGUUGUCUGCGUUGCUUCGUUUUCGCGGGCGAUUAUUUUGAAGUUUUACAAUUUGAUAACGGAGAUUAACUUGACCAUGUCUGGUCAAAACAGAGAGCCGCUCGUAAUAAAGAAGUAUUCCUUAGAUAAAGACUAUCAAGUUUUGGCGCAGGAAAUUUUAGGUUUAGGGAUAAACGGCAAAGUCCUUGCAUGUAAAAACAGGAAGACUGGCCAAAAACGAGCUUUAAAAAUUCUACAAGAUUCUCCCAAAGCCAGAAGGGAAGUUGAAAUUCAUUACGAAGCUUCAGUUUGUCGGCACAUUGUACAAAUUGUAGACGUUUAUGAGAAUAUUUUUCGGGAUAAGAAAUGUCUUGUGAUAAUAAUGGAAUGCAUGUUGGGUGGAGAGCUGUUCAGUCGUAUUCAGGACAGAGCAGAAACUGCUUUUACAGAGAGGGAAGCUGCCGACAUCAUGCAUGACAUAGGGGCGGCCAUCAAAUUUUUACAUGAUAAUGCAGUUGCACACAGAGAUGUAAAACCUGAGAAUCUUCUUUAUUCAUCCCGGGCAAACGGAGUAUUAAAAUUGACUGACUUUGGUUUUGCAAAACGAGUGAAUGCUGCAAAUUCACUUGCAACACCUUGUUACACCCCAUAUUAUGUUGCCCCUGAAGUUCUUAGUCAUGAAAAUUACGACAAGUCAUGUGACAUGUGGUCACUCGGUGUAAUAAUGUACAUAUUAUUAUGUGGUUUCCCACCAUUCUACAGCUAUCGUGGAUUGGCGAUUUCUCCAGGCAUGAAAAAGCGAAUAAGAAGUGGGCAAUAUGCAUUUCCAGAUCCAGAAUGGAGCGCAGUCUCUGAUAAUGCCAAAGACGUUAUUCGCAAGCUACUCACAACUGAUCCAGACAAAAGAUUAUCGAUCUCCGAGUUUAUGAAAGAAGAAUGGGUAAAGGGCGGAGAAAAUGUACCUCAGACUCCCCUCUACUCAGCCAGAGUGUUGAGAGAGGAAGAGGAUCAAUGGACAGAAGUACAGGAUGAAAUGGCGAAUGCACUAGCCACAAUGAGGGUUGACUAUGACCAAGUCAAGCAAAUCAAAACUCUUGAUAACGUUAACAAUAAAUUGUUAAAAAAGCGUAAAAAGAGACAGGAAUCAAAAGAAUGAUAUAUAUAGUGCUGAUAGCACUGUAUCUAGUCAUCAUAUUUGUCGUUUUCAUUCCUAAUAAUUAGAAAUGACUUUUCGAUUUGUUUUCUUUGGAAAAAAUUGUGUCGUUCACAUUUUUUGUAUUUAAUUUGAGUAAUUGAGUUUACUAACAAGGCUGAAUAUACAAGUGAACAUGAAAAUGUGUCAUUUAGUUUCUAAAGUGUAAUUUGCUUUCUUUAUUUGUUACAACUUCUAUCCCCAAACCAUGUGCCUUGGUAAAUUGGCAAACUGCACUGGUAUUGCAUUGUAAUUUAGUCAUUUUUAGUUCUAUGUUCUAAUAUUGUUAUUAGCUUAUAAGUAGGGCUGGGCACUCCGAAUCGAAUAGUCGAAUGUAUUUGAAUAGUAAUUAUUCGAAUAGGUACAGAGCAAAAUAUUGAAUCGCCCCCAACUUGUUUUUUUCUUUCCGCCGAUGGUCGAGGUGAAUUAUUAUUUUUUUUCAAGUCAUAUUUUUUCAAUACAAUUCUGACAUAUGACUAUUUUCUGUAGUGAGGUAUUGAUGAAUUUUUCAUUGUGUGUGAACCCCUCCGCAAUCUGUCUUAGUGAUUUAAUAAUGUUUUCAGUAAUACAUUUGUUGACUGGACCAAUUACAAUAAAAAAGUAGCUUAUAAUUUCCAAUUGCCCCCCAAGUAUUCGAGAUUCGAUUCGAAAAAAAUAUUCGAUUCGAUUCUGAAAUCAUCAGGUAUUCGAAAAUGCCCAGCCGUACUUAUAAGAUUUUAUCAAUAUAGUAUAAUUAGCGGAUUAGUUCAUAUUAUAACUAGUAAAUAGUCUUUUGCAUUCCGCAACAUUUCAAUGACCAAAGAAUUCAUCAAGUUAAUUUGCACUGUGUUGAGGUGUGAAAACAAAUUGUUGUCAACAAAUAUAAAUACUCAUGAUCUCUAAAUCACAAGUUAUAAUCUUUUUCCGAGCAACUUUCUAAAAUCAGGGGCUUCAAUUCUAUUGUUUUUUCAUCAUUCAGAUUUUGUUUGAAAUUGCUUGUUCAACCAUAUUCGCUUCUUAUUUGCAUUAUGAAUUCAAUUAAGUUGUUUUGAUUUAGAUGUUUCUGUAUGAAAUGGAUGGUUUAGGUUAUUUUAGGUGGUUUAUUCAUAGUUGAAAAUUUGUUUUAAAUAUUAGUUUGGUGUAAUUUAAUGAUUUUAUCUAGGUAUUUUAGUAUUUUUUUUCUGUGGAAUUGUCGAAAAAAAAAAAACUGUAUAACACUUUAAGUGAGAAAUCUUAUCUUUGUCAUAGAAAAAUCGUAUAUUUCCCAAUUUACUAAUUACCGAUCUGUAAAACACCAUCCUUAUUGAAAUUGAACUCAAUGGCCAAGGCUUUUCUUUGUUGGUUUUUUAUUCAUUUUUCUCAUCAGCAUUCAGUUCAUAUUCAGAGCAUAUACCGGUAGGUUCUCACACCAUUUGAUAAUUGUCAGAAAAACACAGUCCCUUUGUAAUAAUCUAUAUUUUGAAGUCUUGUUACAGAGAUUAGUAAGCCUUUCCAACCACAAAUAUAUAUUCAAAUAAAUAUUUUUGCUUUCAAUUAUAGACUUCUAAUGCUUCUGUAAUCAACCUUUUCUAUUGAAGAAGUAGAAUUUUCAGCCAAAUUUCUUUUGCAUGUAAUAUUUUGAAGCAAUGAAAAGUUAGUGGUCAGCAAUAAGCCAAUAACCUUGAAGCUUGAGUUGUUUUCAUGCUGUUGCUUUUCUUUAGUGAAUAUAAUUCAUUGUGAUUAUUAAUAUGUAAAAGACUUAUGGUUGUUCUUAUUGACAUGUACAGUAAUCUUUAAUAUAAGUGUGUUUUAAGUAUUUUAUGAUGAUUAAUUUAUCUAUCAUGAAAAGGUAACUUUACAGAGUACUAUGUCCCAGUGAAUAAUUUUUUUAUACAGCUUAUUCAUAGUUGGUAUGAUACUUUAGUAGAGUUUUCUCAUUAUCUAUGUGCAUUCAAUUAUAUUUAAGUUGCUUUUGAAGUCAUAUUUUCAGUAAGGUUGCAAAUUAGUUUAUCUCGUAUCUACGACCUAUCCAUUCACACUCAAUAUUGCCUUCAUUAGCUGAAAAAAAUAGUCAAAUUUUUCAUUUCCAUUAAAUUUUUGGUAUCAUAAACUGAUAAUUACCUGGGGAUAAUAAUGUUUCUCAGAUACUUUCGUCUAUCAUAAUUGAUGGCUUAUCUUUGAGUUAUGUAUGGCUGUAUGUACAUUUAAUCAUGUUUAAUUGUUUUUUGGGUUGUGUGAAUUAUCCCGAAUUAAUAAUAUUUUUGCCAUUGUUGUACAAUGCAUGUGGUCUAAUAUUUACAAUAAUUGGAUUUUCUGUCAUAGUUGUUGCUUAUUUUUGCUGUUUAUUGUGUUUUAAUGCAGA